AUGUCCCAAAGUCGUGAAGAUUCCGUUUACUUGGCCAAGCUUGCCGAACAGGCCGAGCGUUACGAGGAAAUGGUCGAAAGUAUGAAGGAGGUCGCCUCCUCUGGGCAGGAACUGUCCGUCGAGGAGAGAAACCUGCUGUCUGUCGCCUACAAGAACGUCAUUGGUGCCAGACGUGCCUCUUGGAGAAUCGUCUCCUCGAUCGAGCAGAAGGAGGAGACGAAGGAGAAGUCCGAACACCAGGUCGAGUUGAUUAAGAACUACCGUGCCAAGAUCGAGGACGAGUUGACCAAGAUCUCCGACGACAUCUUGUCCGUCUUGGACGCGCACCUGAUCCCAUCCGCCACCACGGGCGAGUCCAAGGUCUUCUACUACAAGAUGAAGGGGGACUACCACCGUUACUUGGCUGAGUUCUCAAGCGGUGACGUCAGAGAGAAGGCCACGCAGGCCUCCUUGGGCGCGUACCAGAAGGCCUCCGAGAUCGCCACCACGGACUUGCCACCAACCCACCCAAUCCGUCUAGGGUUGGCUUUGAACUUCUCCGUCUUCUACUACGAGAUCCAGAACUCCCCAGACAAGGCAUGCCACUUGGCCAAACAGGCCUUCGACGACGCCAUCGCUGAAUUGGACACGCUGUCCGAAGAAUCCUACAAGGACAGCACUUUGAUCAUGCAAUUGCUAAGAGAUAACUUGACUUUGUGGACCUCGGACAUGUCCGAGAGCAACGAGGACUCUCAACAACAACAAUCGCAACAGACGCCUGCUGAACAAAGCAACAAUGCUGAAGAACCACCAAAAUAA